ACUACCGUGCAUUGGUACACUGCUAUGACUUUCAAGCCAGCGAACGUCCCUGCAUCUUUUAUAAGCAGCGGCGCGUGCGCAACCAGUUUGCAUGUUUUGCCAAUCCUUAAGAAGCACAUACCACUUAAAUAACUAGUGGCUUUUCACGCACGCUAGGUUUUACGAGCAAGAGCCCCGCAACGGUUCCUGACGAGCACGGCCGCGCGCCUUUGACCGCAAGGCAUUCAAUAAGAAACUCGCAAAACUUAAUGGCUAUAGAGUCUGGAAGUCUACCUGGGACAGCACGCCCAGAGGAGCGCCCUUCUAACGGGUUGAACUCGCCGGUUUAGGCCUGUGUUGGGAUUGUCUAAAUACAAUACAACUACGGAAGCUGCUAAGCGUGGCCGGGAGCGACACGGCGGCCGAGGCCAAGCGUGACAUCUCCCGAGCCUGCCGGCCAGACUGUCGAGCGUUGUGAGCUUCACGCGAUUCCUUCACGCGGGGCCCUAAGGGAACGACCCUAACAAUUUGCCGGACACCCGGCAGGAGCUCGCGACGCCUGACGCUUGUCGUGCGCCGGAAACGGCCUCGACACAGCCCGCACGACGCGCCCGUGUCUGCGUCUGACCCGCGCCUGGUGCCAGACGCCCGCCACGGGCCUAUCUAGCAGCCCGUCGCGGUGUGUGGCACACACUGGACGCGUCGGCUGUAGCAACGCACACGGCAGAAGCAGUAGCAGCAGCCGUAACACCCUAGCCCACCUGCCGGCCAGCACGGAGCUAUGGGCGGCUGUUUAAGCGCCUGCCAGGGCGGCGGCGGCGGGGGCGGAGGUGGCGGCAACCGUCGCGGCGGCGGGGGCCCCAACGGCGCCGCCUCUCGCCGCUCCUCCGCCUACAGCGCCUCCGCCGACGCCAGCGUGAAGCGGCGCCUGCCUGGCUUUGGGAUGGAGAGCCACUACCGCACGCUGCAGCUGCUGGGCGCGGGCGGCACCGGCAGCACCUACCUGUGCGAGGACGUGCGGGACGGCCGCCGGGUGGCCAUCAAGUUCAUAUCCAGGCCACUGGCCAAGGUGCUGGUGCCCAUGGUCAGCCAGGAGAUACAGCUCCAAGCCCGGCUGAGCGAGGGUCACAUCGGACUGGUCAAGGUGGAGAGCGCCGUGCUGUCCAAGAGCCACCUGGGGCUGGUGAUGGAGUAUGUGGACGGCGGCACGCUGACCCAGUACGUGAGCCGCCGCACCGCCAGCCGCAUGGAGCGGGGCGGGCUGCACCUGGUGGAGGACGAGGCGAGGUACUUCCUGAGGCAAAUCCUGGACGCGCUGGAGUACCUGCACAACAGCCACGUGGCGCACCGAGACCUCAAGAUGUGCAACGUAGUGCUGACCACCCGGAAGCCGCCCACACUCAAGCUGUGCGACUUCGGCUUCGCCAAGGGCUGGGACGACAACAGCCAGAUGAACACACGCAUCGGCACGCCCGUGUACAUGUCCCCCGCGCAGCUGACCGCCAGCAAGGACAACGGCAAGACCUACAGCGCCACCGCCAGCGACGUGUGGGCGGCGGGCGUGAUGCUGUUCGCCAUGCUGCUGGGCCGCUUCCCAUACGACCACUUUGACUGCCCAGACCCCAACUCCAGCGGGGCGCACGCGGCGGUGUGGAAGGAGAUGCAGGCGACUGAGGACGGCGACUGGCAGAAGGCCGCCCGCGCCGCGCCGCACGUGUGGCUGCUGAGCGACGGCUGCCGCGACCUGCUGACGCGCAUGCUGCAGCAGGACGAGCACAAGCGCAUCACCAUACCCGACAUCCGGCGACACCCCUGGUUCACGGCGCCGCUGCCCACAGACAUGGACCAGGUCAUACAGGACCUGGCCACCCGUCAGGCCCGGCUGGACCACGUGAUCGGCACCGCGGACGAGGAGCAGGUCAAGCGCCGCAACCGGGCCGUGCACGAGCUGGUCGUGCUGGCGGGCAGGCCGCACGGCAGCGCGCCGCCGCCAGCAGCCAGCGGCAACGCCAACGGCGUGGCGGGCCCGGGCGGAGGCGCAGGAGGCGGCGGCGGGCGUGGCUCCAAGUUGGUGGUGGCCAUUCCGGAGGGCGCCGACGGAGCGGAGGGCGGCGGUGCUUCCGGCGCCAACUCGCCCUUCCCCGCCGCCCACACGCCGCAGCGGCGCACGGGCGGCGGCGCGGGCGGGGGCGGGGGCGGGGGCGGAGGAGGGGAGGAGGAUGGCGGCGGCGAGGUGUCUGCGUUCACAGCGGCUGCGGCCGCGCUGGCUGCUGCGGGCGGCAGUGUGCGGUGCGACCGGGACCACGGCGAGGAGGUGGUGGUGGUGGACCUGGUGGCGGUGGCGAGCAGGACCAAGAGCGAUGGGCUGGUGCUGGUGGGCAGCGCCACGCGGGAGCGCGACCCGGACGGCGGCUGCGGCUGCGGCAGCAGUGACGACACCGCAGACAGCGCACUGGUGGGGCUGGCAGCGCAGGAGCAGCAGCAGGCGGGGCAGGCAGAGGCGCCGUCAGUGCCUGGGCCUGGGCCUGGGCCUGGGUGGGCGAGCGGCGCUGUGCCUGAGGGGGCGCCCAUGGCCGCUGCCAGCAGCGGCGCGGCGGCGGAGGGCGAGGCCGCGGCGGCCACCGUGUGAGCCCGCGCUGUGUGGACCUGCGAACCACCUGGUGGCGGAGAGCCUUGUGACACCUGGUGUGGGCAGGCAGGGCACGGGCAGCCAGCGGGGGCCAGCGGUGGCACACAAGCCCUGAGUCGCACGACGGUCCAGCGAUGCCGCCUGCUUAUCGUAAAGAGCAACUGUGGCAGCUUUCGAGCUACUGGGAGGCAGGCAGGCGCGGGAGAGUGAUGGCGCACAGCAGCCACAGUGGCAGCUGGCGGCAGGAUGGCAGAGAGCUGUCAAGGUAUGAGGUACAAGCGCCUUGAAGGGAGACGAGACGGAAUUUUGAUGCCCGUGAACACAAAGCAUACCCAGACGGUCAUAGGCUUAAUUGUGCUCAAGCAAGGCUGUCCUUGGUGCAGAAUAUUGGGGUUGGGUGAUAAUGUGGGGCGCGGUGUGUGGACAUGGCAUCCUGUAUGUUUAUCUGGGCGCUGGAUUGCGCGAAGCCAAUCGAGUCGUUGAGCAGGUUUAAUGUUGUGGCGUGAGAGCCGCCUCACCCCAGUUAGUGCACGUGCUUGAGUGCUGUUGGUUUGCCAGUAGGUUUGCAGAGUAUUGGAUUAGUGUUUGGGCAACGGUAGACAUUGUCUCGCUAUCUAUUAUCCAGCAUGAUAGCAGCAUGACUGGCGCGGGGCCGCAAGGCCUGCGGCGGUGCCAUGGCACUGCUGUGGCCCGCUAUGGACUGACCGGGCCGCAGCAGGCCGGCCGCCGCGGCCGCGCAAGUGCGCGUAAGGCAGGGUGCGGGGCUGGCCGGCCCUGGGUCUGUGCGCCCUGUCGACAGGUAGACGUCAUGUCUGCGUGAGCACAAUGAGCUUUUGAGGUUGGGCUUGACGCAGUUCGUUGUCUAUUUAACGUUUGUUUGCAUGCGCACUUCUGCCCGCUUGGGCUGAGGCGGGUGCUGGAGGUGCGUGUGGAGGUGCCGUGCUGGUGUUGCGGUGUUGGCAGCGGUUGGUGAGGGGUGGGGUGGGAGUGGCGCGGUAUGCUGCACCAGGUGCCUGCUCACCCCACACCACACCACACGUCCCCAAGCCCUGCUCGCACGCCUUGGUGUCCCUGUUGCUGUCCUGGGCGACAAAGUGCUGCAGCAGUACGGCACCGGUAGGAGGACACCAGAGCUCGAGGACAUGUGACUUGGCGUGCUGGCUUGGCGCUGCUGGCUGGACUGCUGGCGUUGUUGCACGCGGCAGCUGUGUGUCUCACUACCGUGUGUGGCUAUGUUUUGGGGCUCAGGGCUACAGGGGCUCAGGCCAACGAAUGCGUAGCGUCAAGCGCGGGACGUUGACUUCUGGGACCGUGGUCGGUUGCGGGUGCCCUGUGCAGGACGCAGGUGUUUGCAGACGGUUGAGACCCGGCAUACGCUUUGGGGACUCGUGGAGAGACCUGAUGCAGCAGCUGAAGGUUUGCUCUGCCGCCGCGGACGGGGCCACGGACGGGGUGGGGCGGGUGGCACAGACGUAUGCGGGGUUGUGGCGCACUCGCCUGCAGGAAAGGGGCCGGCGGAGGCCCCCAUUCUAGUACGGGUCUCAAGUGUAGGCUUCGGCCUCGGUGACCGGACCGCGCUUGACGUCUGAGCUCUGUUUCUGCGAUUGAUGCAGUGUGCAUAUUGGUGCUGAAAGGCCACGUGGAGGCCAGAGUGUGAUUCGGAAUGAAUUUUGCUUGCCAGACCAGAACUUUUUUAUGAUUGACCUGCGUAGUACUUUGUUGCCUUUGGUGUGCGACGAGUGGACUACACCAAGCGGGCCCAGUUGCUCCCCUUGGGCAGCAUUAAGACGCUCAGGAUGGUUGAUGGGAAUGGUGACGUUGACGCGGCUGGCGGGCUGGUGGCGCGAUGCGGCACCGUGCCAUUUGUGGACGCGGCUGUCUGCUGCCAGGGCGGGUACGGGUGGUGGCCCGCCAGCGCGCAAUCGAUUUUGGGAUGGCGAGAGGCACCGGGCGCAGGCGGUGUACAGACACAGGGAGGUGCGGCUGCUGAGCUGUGGUGGCACAAGGCUGGGCGGGGCCUGGAGCUUGCGUGGUCAGUACAAGUGGUACAGGGGCACGGGAUUACAAUGUGUUUGUGUGGUACAAGAUUUCAAGUGUACGUUCCAAAUGCCUGCAACGAGACUAACCGAGCCGCAAGGGCCUCUCGUCUCCUGACGCUGUAUACGAUCUGAAUAGCUUGCACACGUUGCGCAUAACGUUAUUUCUGCCCAAUAGGUUUACUGAUGCGAGGACAGGUAUUUGGUUUGUGACAGAGCAUUGGUAGUACGACAAGCAGCACGGCGGUGCUGUCAAGAUGUUGCUGGUGCGUUGCCGGAGCGAGCCGCGAGCGCUGCGCCUGUGGGCGGGGUUGCCCUGGGCCUCAGGGCUGAUGUCGUGGUGGUCGCAGUACAGAGUGUGCGGCGCCUGGGGGGGGGACCUUGGAACCCACAUGAGGCCCAUGGAAUCCACAUGAGGCACCGCUGAGCUGUGCAGCAAACAAUAAGCUAUGGCAUGGCCCAGAGGGCCACAGCCACUGCGGCGUUGCCUUAUGGGUUACAGUGGUUGCAAAAUAAUGUAACGCGUUGAGUAAGGUGCCGGGGGCGUGCACAUUGCUGUAGGCGUGGGCCAGGCGUGGCUCUGUGCCCCGGAAGCGUUUCGCCGGCGAACUGGGUGCCGGGUAGGUGUGCCGUGUGCCAACAGCCGCCGCAGGUGCUGGUGGUGGCCGCGGCCGCCGUGGGGCAGUAGCAAUGAUGACGGGAUGGGUCUGGAGGCUGCAAUGGAUACUGAGGAGAACUUGAUGCAAUACCUUGUAAUGACAAGAGAAA